AUGCUUUCUCGCGCCGCUCGACCUGCCUCGAAACUGGCCACACAGCCAGUUGCAAUCAUCCGCUGUGGGUUGCGCUUCACUGCCCUAGCACACCUCUCUGUUUCGGCUAUCGUCCCGACUGGGCGAAUCAGAUAUUUCUAUACAUCGCCCCAGCGUCACCCCAAGACGCUGUCGAUUUCCCGACUACCCCUUCGGAGGAACACAGCGUCAUGGGGAUGGAGAACAGACGGCAGGCUAGGGCAGUCUUUAGCCCAGAGCAGAGCAGCUUCGACAAGGACGAUAACAGUGGAAAGGCCCCUGGAGGAUACCGACCUGUUGCUGGAGCGAGCCGGGGUAGAUGUGGAGUCAUACUUUGGCAACGUCAAACACUGGGAACGACUUCUUGCCACUUUACACCUGAAUGACGAGUACGACAACAUCUGGGCGGGAGUUGAGGCUAUGCGAGCUAAAGGUCUUAUUCAUCUCUUUGCUGAACCGGGCGCCGAUGUCCUUCGCGAUGUUGUCGUUACAACAGCCCUCCGAAAUGACGAACAUAUUGCGACGCUCGUCAAUAUCGCUGCCGAGCUGUUGGAAGAUCGUGCCUUCCGGUGGCCGGAUCUAUACAUGAGAAUCGUCCACUUGUGUCUCGAACACAGUCGGUUCGAGGAUGCCGUUCACUGGCACUUGCAGCUAGCUACCUAUUUCCCACCCAGCACGGAAGAGUUUGGAGCGUUGCUGUCGGGCUUUGUCGUCAAUCCUACACCACAAAUGCAGAGUUCUUUGACGACUCUGUACACCUUUAGCACAGAGCGAGGAUUGUAUGACUGCAUAAUACCAGCGCUAUUCGCUUCUGGACAGUCUAAGAUCGCUCGCACUUGGCGCAAAAAACUGAUAUUAUUCAAAGACUUUCCGAUUGGCACGAAAUCCCGUCCUUUCCUCACAUUUCUUGCCAGGUAUUACCCAUCCGUUCCACUUACAACAGAAGAACUGGAAGCAGCUGGUAUUGGUCAUCCGACUGGAAGAGUCCGUUAUGACGAGCAAAUAUCAGAGGCUCCGACCACUGCCACUGGCCACCCGACAGGUCAAUAUAGUGAUUCGUUGAUGGCAAAAUGGUUCGCCAGCUCCUGGGCGUCUGUCGACUUUGCCAUUAACCUUGUUCAUCGAAUUGGAGUGCAGGCCAUUGGACCACGAUCUUUUCAAUCGCUCGCUCUGCGAGAGCAGGACGCCGAAGGAUUUGCGUGUCGCAUUGAGCAACUGCAGAGGCUGGGGAUUCAAUCAUCACCUCAUAUUUAUUGCAAGGUGCUUGUUCUGUUUGCGAGACAUGGAGAAGAUGUUUUGCUGCACGAUCUGGUGAAUUGCGAUAUUCAUCCGGAUGAGUUUGAGAAUCCGGAAACGCGGCAAGUGCUCUUGGCUGCUGCUGUUGCAACAGGCGAUCGCCGGAGGGAAACGCUCUUACGUGGGAUAGAAAAGGUCAUCGAGACCGAUCCAUCUUCUGGACGACUCAAUUCGCUGCUCGCAUGUGAACUUCCUAAGCGAAAAAUGGGGAAGUCCAUGCAGGUGCUGGAACGAAUGGAGGCACUCAAAGUAAACCUGGCCCAAGAUAGUGCUGCGCAACUUCUCAAGCGUGCCUUCCGGAGUCUUCGAAUGCACCCUGUCGUACGAAAAAGCACAAAACAGAGACUCAGAAACGACGCAGAGUCGCCGUUAAAUCGAGCAAUUGACUACACCCGCCGCGUUGCCUGCCACGACGUCGCUAUUCCCAUACAGUACUGGACUCUUCUUCUGUACAAUCUUGGACGCCUUGGGCGAUUCGACGAACUGGAGCAGCUUUGCUUGGAAAUUAUCCAGCUCUACACGCCACCGUAUGGUGGACUGAUUCCAGUUCAUCGAUUGGACCUGCCUCGGCCCUCGAACAUGAGCACGGUGGUUUUGGGAACGACGAACCCUUCAACGGCAUCCUGCAGCGAGAUAAUUGUCACACAGUGCAUGGAUGAGGGAGACAUGGGCCGAACCGCCGACAUUGAAGUUUAUUCGCACGAGCCACCGUCGAUACAUACGAAGGCUACUUUGGAGGGAACAGGCGGUCCAUUUCACAUCAAGCCUGUCUCACGCUUGCCUAUGUUUCAAGACAGGUGCCAUGAACCUGCUUCGGCUAAGCCUGGCUCAACUGGCUCUUGCUACCGCGGGGAGAAUGACAGCAGGCAGUAUCCGGUGACCCCGGCCCAGAAUGAAGGGCAGGCAUAUAUUCCAGCGGAUCUCCCGUUCACACACCGUGAACACCCUGUGCAAAAGAUAUUCAAUCCACAUCUACAGCGUUCCAUCGUUAGGUGGGGAUUCGACCAAACGCUGGCUGCCCGACCAAGCGUCGAAGCAGUAAUGGAUAUGGGCAACUCUGGCAUCGUUGCAUUCGACGUUGCUUGCGGCGUACGCCUCCUUGCUGUCUUACGGGACCAGGGAGUCCUGGUUGAUAGACAGAUUUUGCGUACGGCGGUGAUAUCACGCAUUGCUCUUAGCCAGGUGCCUGGUCGGCGCAAACAUCGUUCGAGAGACGGGAAUGAAACAUCGGCAGAGAGCAUAAAAAGAUUGGUAGACCGGGCAUGGGGUUCGGAACUCCUACCGUCGCUGCCAGAUAUGACUCGGGAGCUUGAAGCCCAAAUGCCCAAGCUCUGGAGCCGAUACCCAAAACUGUUCGGAAGAGCGUUCGACGACCAUGACAAGGAUCAGGUUGGCAUUCCUUGGUCGUAA